AUGCCGUUUUUCACCGAUUUUUUUGUCGACACGCUCAACUACAGCCUAAUCCCGCCGAGAGCGCCUGAUGCGCUCACUGGCGGCGCUGAUCUCAAUCGCGCGCUCAUUGUCGCCCGCCCUUCAUCUGUGCAAGCGUCUCUGCUAGGACGUUGCCCCCCCCCCAUCAAUGCAGGUUUGUCCGUGACCAGCUGCAGCGAUGUCCGGACUCUGCAGCGCAGGAGCUGGUGUCGGGCCCUGCUGGGGAAACUGAAAGAAUGGAGCCCCCAGAUCCAGGAAAUGGGGGAACUGCUCAGGAAGGUGGGAGACAAGCUGGACAGCGACGUGGACUUGCAGAGACUGAUCGAUCGCGUCUAUUCCGCCCCCCGCGACGUUUUCUUCCGGGUCGCCAAGGAAAUGUUCGCGGACGGCAAAUUGAGCUGGGGCCGCGUGGUGACGUUCCUCUAUUUCUGCGGCAAGGUCAUCAUUAAGGUGCGACACACAGCGCCCCCAGCGGCCGGGAGGUGUCAUUGCAGCCUUAUAACCCUUAUAGCGCCCCCAGCGGCCGGGCGGUGUCAUUGCAGCCUAUUAUAUAGAUCCCAUAGCGCCCCCAGCGGCCGGGCGGUGUCAUUGCAGCCUAUUAUAAUGAUCCCAUAGCGCCCCCAGCGGCCGGGCGGUGUCAUUGCAUCUCAUGGCGAUC